AUGGACACUGGAUUCGUUUCCCGAGAAGGGAAAGGUGGUUUGAUCGAGAAUGGAAAGGGGAUUGGAGGGAAAGGAACACUCCGCAAGAAGAGACUCGCUGAAGGGAAACAGAAAUUCUUCGCGGCAAUGCCGCCACCUCUUUCCCUUCCGCAGAUCAAUGCUGCUUUUGCGAAUCCUGGAAAUCCUCUACCUUUCUCUUCUCUACCAAUACCGCUUCAAGCAAAGACUUUAACAAUUGAUGUAACAAAAGGAAACGGGUUUACUUGGGGGCAUAGCCCGGAUUCAAUCGAGUCAACGAGUGGCGACGAGGCACAUACAUCCUCUUCUCAAACGACUGCUGAGUUCAGGGCAAGCUCUGAGGAGAGUCCAAUUGAUGAGGAUCCAAUAAAUAAUGAUAUUGAUGUGAUUUCAAGUGAUGACACACAAACGGAUAGCGGAAACAGCAGUGCACCAUCACCUGUUGAACAAAAUGCUCAACUCUUUCCAAAAACGAUAAAGAAUGAGCUGAGUGUGGAUACGCGACAAGCUGGACCGAUCUUUCAAGAUGCACGAUUUAACAGUUUUAAGGAGUUCGAAGAGGCAUUUGAUUUAUGGAAAGCUGUUUACUAUCAUCCAUUUCGAACAGCUAGCAGUGAAACAUUAAGAGAGCCUGGUGGAGCGAUAAAUGAAAUCUUCAAAUAUCGAUACAUUGUCUAUCAUUGUGCUCACUAUGGACAACCGAGAAUGCGAGGUGUCGGAAAGCGACCAAAUCAAAACUAUCUCCCGUGUGGAUGUCGGGCAAUGCUUCGGUUGAACUAUAACUUUAAUGAAAAGGUACUCAAAAUUACAACACUUCAAGAAGAGCACACUGGUCAUGAAUUGGGUCCUGAGGGCGCGCUGGGUGCAAAGAAAACAAGGAAAUCCCCAAGUACCUGCUCACCGACUAUUAAACGACGAAAGAGUGAAUCGAAAGAGAUCACCGAGUCACCGAUUAGUGCCACUUGUGCAAAUCCUCUCUCACAAUCGCAAGUCACUCCUCAACUUCGUCCUUCGUCCAUUCCACCUUCACCAAUAUUUUCCACAAAUGUCAAUCCCAAUUUAGCAGCUUUGAUGGCUCAACAACGAUUGGUUUCAAUUUUCUCGCAACAUCAAAAGGAAAACCUUGGAAUCCCAGCCACCACCCCAAGCGCUCAACCAUUUAGUGCAACUCCUGUACAAAGACCUUUUGGCACAACAACAAAUAUCCCAUCAAAUCAAGCGCUUGCUCAGGGAAUGCUUAUGAACAUGUUCAAUCUUCAACAGCGCUUUGUUUUGAUGCAACCACCGCACGGACUUGUUGCCCCAUUGGCCCCUCCAGCUGCUGAACCGACCGCUGCCUCGACUCUCGCUCUACCUGAACAGAAAACCGAGCUUCUUACUGUGAAAGAUGAGGUGAAAGAAGAGGCUUUUCGUCAGGAUUCACCCGAUCCACCGCUCGGCAUCGUGCGGCCAAAACCGAGUCUACCCUCUUCGUUUACGCUAUCAACAAAUCGAGAGGCGGAAAUCAGUGGGGUGCUGGGAUUGCUGAGCGAAGUGUUGCAGUCAUCUGAUCCAUCGUCACUUCCCACAAAACUCGCCGUUCUUCACAAUCUUCAUCACGCUUGGAAGUGUGAUACAAUC